GUCCCCCGUUUUUUAUUCGCUUCCCUCAGUUCAACUAUGGUCGUUUUCCGGGUAGAAACAAUUUUCCGCACAAGUGGUUCCCCCACUCACCCGCUAUAUUUAUAGAACUAUUUCGCUGUACAUAUCGCUUCUUGAUUUGCCGCUUUUGCCAAGCGGGAGUAGGAGCAGAACAGCCUUUGUAGGCAAUGGGAAUGGCUAGGUGAGGGAAAGGGGACAGUUUACAGUGUCGUGCCCAUUUGGUGGUUGCUAGGUAAACCUACUUGACAGCUCCGCCAUCGCUGAUUCGUGUCCACCAGCACGAGGUAUGUAAGUGGAGGCGAGCGAGGGAGAAGCACUCGUGUUUGUCGUAAGCAUAGGUGAGGAAGGAAGCGGGGGAACGAAGAAUAAAAGUGGCAGUUGCCUGAGAAUUAAAUCAUGGCUGGACAAAUAUCAGAAUCAGAUCAAAUCAAACAGUUUAAGGAAUUUCUUGGAACAUACAACAAACUAACAGAAACCUGCUUCCUAGAUUGUGUGAAAGAUUUCACUAGCCGAGAAGUCAAGCCGGAAGAAAUGACUUGUUCAGAACACUGUUUACAAAAGUAUUUAAAAAUGACCCAGAGGAUAUCUAUGAGAUUUCAGGAGUACCAUAUUCAGCAGAAUGAAGCACUGGCUGCCAAAGCAGGACUUCUCAGCCAGCCCCGCUAGAAAACAGCUGAUUCCACAUGAAGGAGCGCCAGCACUGACUGCACUGCAUGUGAAGAUACCUUGGUGUCUAAUGCUGUUCUAGCAACACCUACCACCUGCACAGAAUAGAAGAGCCUAAAGAAUGAUCCAACUGUCUCAAAUUAUCUGGUUUCCAGUUUGGAUUGACAACAGCCAUGGAGCUGAUGGAGCUUUUUGUCCAAGAUUGUCUUUUAAUGUGUGCAGGAAUAAUGUUGAUUCCAUCUUUUCUGGAAAGAUGGAUUGGUUCUACAUGUUAUUAGGUUACAGAUAUGGAAAGAACACACAGCUUAUUUUUUAUU